AUGCGGACCACGGCAACUAUUUACGGCAGUGGCUUCCAGAGCUUGGCCCUUAGAGCAAGGCCUUGCAGCGGCAAGAUAGGGCUCAACAACUUCCUCGCGACUAUCAAACGCGCGGACAACCCCCGCUGUCCCUGCGAGCGAGCCCCGGAAACAGUAGCUCAUAUCCUGCUCGACUGCAGCCGCUACGAGGCCCUGCGAUUCAAGCUCUGGGGGCCUGACCACACCUACCAUCCGCGGCAUAUUCGAGACGCCCUGACCGACUCUAAGCAUGCACCGCGGAUGGCGAAGUUCCUACUGGCCACCGGACGCCUCCCCUACCUGAGGGAGAUGGCUCGGCUGCAGGUCACGGAGGGAGGCCAGAUGAAGGAAGUACCUGACGAGGUCGGCAGGGCGGAAGACCACAAAGGAGACGUGGAGGAACAACAGGGCGGAGCGGAAGAUCGGGACCCCGGCGCAGAGGCAGCAGUAGAGCCCGGGGCCGCGGCAACCCCGGGUAGUGGUUAA